AUGUCUGUGGUUCUUCGGGAGAUCAGCCCUAAUAUAAGGAGCAUCAGACCCCCGCGGUACACAGCCCUGUCCGUCCGAGCGGCGCAGAUCAGAGAGGAGCUACGACAGGGAGUGAAAAAGCCCUACACGGAGCUGAUAGACGUGACGUGGGGCGACCCUCAGGGAGCCGGGCUGAAGCCCCUCACCUUUGCCCGACAGGUGCUGGCUGCGUGUCUUUACCCAAAGCUCUUGAAUAAUGAGCGACUCCCUGCAGACGUGAGGCAGAGAGCUGAGGGUCUGCUCCACGAGUGUCACGGGGGCAGUGUGGGUUCGUACACAGACUUACCUGGUAUUCCUCAAGUGGCUCGUCAGAUUUCCGAGUUCAUUUCCAGGCGAGACGGGGGCGUUCCCUCGGACCCUGACCACAUCCUCAUUUCUCCGGGCUCCCAGUGGGCUCUGCAGAACAUUUUAAGCGUGCUGGUGCGAGGAGGUGGAGGUGUCAGAUCGGGGGUCCUGACUCCACAGCCCUCAUACUCUCUCUCCGUCAUGUCGGUGGUGGGUCUGGGUGGUGUUCCUGUGCCGUACCAGCUGUGGGAGGAGCAGGGCUGGGAGGUGCAGGUGGAGGAGCUGAACCGAGCGCUGGAAUCUGCAGAAGGAGAGUGUGACCCGGUCGCUUUGUACGUCAUCAACCCUGGAAACCCGUCAGGUCAUGUUCAGAGAAGAGAAUCGAUCCAAGAUGUGAUAAAGUUUGCGUCAGAGAAGAGGCUCUUCCUCUUGGCAGACGAGGUUUAUCAGGACUGUAUUUACAAGGAAAACAUAGAAUUUUUGUCGUAUAAAAGAGUUUUGGCCGAGAUGGGGCCUCCGUUUUGUGACACGGUGGAGCUGGCGUCUUUUCACUCUGCGUCCAAGGGCCUCCUGGGAGAAUGUGGUUUUCGAGGGGGUUAUGUGGAAUUGGUGAACAUGGACCCGGCCGUUAUGAAACACGUUUUCACCAUUUUCUCCAAAGACAACGCGCCGACUCCAGGUCAGAUCGCCCUGAGUGUGAUGGCGAGUCCCCCACAGCCCGGAGACCCGUCCUACCCCCUCUACAGAACAGAGAAACAACAAAUGCAAACGUUGAUCAAAGACAAUGUGAGAAAAGUGCAUGAGGUUUUGAACAGUUUACCCGGAGUCUCCAGUCACCCUGUGGAGGGCGGAGCUUUCGCGUUUCCAAGAAUAGAUCUGCCACCUAAAGCGAUUCAGAAAGCAAAGGACCUGGGGAUGGAGCCGGAUAUAUUUUACUGCCUCAGACUUUUAGAAGACGCCGGACUAUUCUUCACCCCGGGCUGCGAAUACGGACAGAAAGAUGGAACCUACCACGUUCGGUUUUGCAUCAUGGUAACAAAGGACACGAUGGACGACUUACUGACACGCCUGGCUGCCCAUCACACACAGUUUAUGAACGACUUUUCUUGA